AAAUUGACAAAUUAUAGCGUAAAGUCCUCUUUUUCAUAGUACUACUCCAUUAUCCGUUCGCGCCACUAUACGCACAGAGCGGCGAUGGUUGUUGGAGGAGCAGUAGCAGACUGCCUUUCUAAAUGUGGAACUUCGUUUGUCGCGAGGUCUUCUUCAUCAUCAUUUUACGGAAUUGGUUUAAGUCUUAGUCUGAAUUCGAAUCUACCUUGUCCAAUUAGACCUCGUCGAGCUAUUGGAUUAUGUGUUGCUAGUUUGAUCACGAAUUCCGAUUCGUUCGAAGUUGGAAAGCUUAUCGGUAGCUAUGGCUUCAUGAAUGUCACCAGUUACUCGGGCCUCCAAUCUGGAAUGGGGAUGGAUUAUGCGGUAUCAGAAGAUAUAGGGAGCUUUAAAGUACAAGAUAUUGGAGAAGGAAAUGUCACGAUCAGGCUUUAUGAAGGAAGAGUAGCUCAAGGUCCACUUAGAGGAACUCGGGUCAUUUUUAAGGUAUAUCCUGGAAAACAAGUUGGUGGAAGUGAGGCUGACAUGAUGGCUGCGAAUGAGCUUAAUGCUCAUGCUUCCCUUCAAAGCAGUCCAAAAGAUUUCUGCAAGCAUAUUCAAAUACUUGUAGGAGGAUUUGAGACAAAUACUGGGGAGCAGUGGCUUGCUUUUAGGGAUAAUGGAAAAUAUAGUGCUGCAGAUUAUGCUAAAAUUACUAGUGAAAAAAUGGCAAAAGUGAUUGCUGGAGGAGAACAGAGAUUGUGGAACCCCUUUGAGCAGGAUCAGACCAUAAAACGCAGAAGAUAUUUUGUUAUUAGGCUGCUUCAUGGGGCUAUGAGAGGUCUGUCCUAUAUGCAUGACAAUGACAGACUACACCAAAGUCUUGGUCCUGCUUCUGUUGUCCUAAAUACAGUUGUUGAGAAAGAUGCUGCAUAUCUAGUUCCUCAGCUCCGUGAUCUCGCCUUCUCUGUUGAUAUAAGCUAUUCUAAACUUGAAGAUCGUCCUAAUAUCCUGUCAGAAGGACUUUGGAGACGGGCAUCUGUUUCUGGAGCGUCUAGUCCUUUGGAGAGAAGAGCUUUUGGAAUAGCAGAUGACAUAUUUGAAGCUGGACUUCUUUUUGCUUAUUUAGCAUUUAUUCCAUUUUGUCAAGCAGGAGUCAUGGACAGCCUAUCAUUGCGGAGGCUCCUGGAAAAUACUUUUCAACUUGAUCUUCAAGCUGCAAGGGAGUAUUGUUCUGCUGAUGAUCGCCUGCUAGAAGCAGUCAAGUUUCUUGAUCUAGGUGAUGGUGCUGGCUGGGAGUUACUGCAGGCGAUGCUUAAUCGUGACUACCGUGGGAGGCCAAUUGCAGAAGCUGUAGUAAACCAUCGAUUCCUGAGUGGUACUUUCCUAUGAAAUCACACAGAAUUUGAGUCGUAUAUUGAGUGCUGAUCGGUAAGGAGGCGAGGACCCACAGCAUAAAACUAAUAUGCUCUUACCAUGUAUGUUGUAAACUUGUAAUGUUGCCAAUUUUUGUAAUUCAAAUCCUUAUUUUGAUAUAUUAUCCGAGCAACAUGAUAUGAAGUUCCAAUCCAACUAAACAAGGUUGAGGUGGGUUAAUGAACCACCCUUAACUUUGAUAUUGAAUCAUGUAAAGUUCUUCCAAAUAAUGAAACUAUUGCACGAACUCGUGAAAUAUUAAA